UCACUACUUAUCACAUUCACACGAAUAAAUAUUCAACCUUCGAGGCUUCGAAUUGUCUUCGCCAAAAUAAAAUAAUUUUUGUUGUUCGUAAAUAACGCCAAUCUGUGUUUUUGUGGUUGUCUUUUUAUUUCGCAAUGGCCCCCUCAAAAAAUCUAAAAAAAGAGGAAGAUCUUCUAACUCGAGUGCACGAUGAGCCAAAUGCAUCACCCAGGAUCUUACGUGAACAUGAAGUUUACCGACAAACACAGGACGGUCGACCUCUAGUAACGGUGUUUACUCCUUUUUUGCAAACUGUGUUCACCGAUUGGUUUCAUAUGCCAUUCGAUAUGCAAUAUGACCAAAUUUGUGGAAAGAUCGAGAGAAAUUUCUACAGAUGUAUGGAAGCUUACGGUGGUAAUCGAGGAUUCAAGGAAUGUCGAGACUACAUCGACGAUUAUCGAGAAUGCACGUCAUCUGACAAACAGAAAGCUAGAAUUAAGGCAAUGAUUGAAGAACGUAGACGGCAAUUCAAAUCUGGAGAACGUAAGGAAUAUUCUAAACCUCCGAGAAUGGGAUCAUACGAAUCUAGCGUAUAUUGAAAAAAAUACUCCGUUGUUUGUGAAAUAGUUCGCGAGUAUUGCGUAGAAUUAUCGCGAUGAUUAAAUCUCAUUGCUCGAAAAUCAUGUAAUAUAAUAUAUGCAAGUAUUUGUUUUUCCAUUUAUAAACUUACGUUAUGUACAAGGAUGUUGAUAAUUUAAUAUAAUACAUUUUAAGCCCCGUU